ACUAAUUUGUUCAUAAAACAAGACAAACGACAAUUAAACCACCAGUAUGAAAUAUAAGAAAAUGGGCUGAAAAAACACUUUGCACCACGUGACAUAUUGCUUGCGCGUUGCAGAAUGAUUGUAGUUACCAUGGUUAUUACCUGUUUAAAAUGUCUACUUUCAUUAUGCAGUUGCUGCUAUUGUUUAUUUGGACAAUUUAAAAAAUUCCGUUGCUAUAAGUUAUCCAGGUGAAUAUAGAAACAAUAGCUUUCUUAUAAGCAGUUGCUAAUGUAUGAGGGUAUUAUAAAUUGUGUAAUCAACCGGUGAAAGAGAGCUGUAAAAAGGAACCAUGUCUGCUAGCCCGGAUAAAGUUGCUGCAUCUUUGUCUAAUCAAAGGCUGCAAAAGCUACCCCCUAUUACAUCUUCCCCGCCACAAUCUGCAGUUAUGGGAAGAAGUCGCUUAAGAUCCCAUCGUCGAAGCAAAGAAAUCCAAGCCCUUUUACAGAGAUAUGUAUACGAGAAGGCUGCCCUUGAUAAGGAGAAAAUGGAAGAUAAUUUGAAAAGACGGGCACCUCGCGAUGAAGGUCCACAGCUGCCAUCAACGAUGAUGAGUCGAGAAAGAAGAAUAAGACUUAAUUAUCAAUUUAUGAAACGUUGUGUUCAAAAUGGUCCCGUGACCACAAUGGCCGACGAAUGGUGGCUGGAUAUUCUGAGGAUGAUACCGACUCGUCUUGUAGCUGCUAAACAUUUGCAGUCUCAUAUCACUAUGUUGCAAGAGGAAAUACGCCAGGAAUAUGAAGAUAGUAUGAAAAAGGCAAUGGUGCAACAUAUUUUGUUAAAGCCAAAUGUUAAGGGCGUCGAAGAUGAUGAAGAUCUACCAGACGAUAUUGUUGGAUUGGAUUUCUCAAGUCCUUGGCGAGACACAUUCAGUAAAGCUAGGAGGUUGAUUGCAAAUAAUCUUCAUGUGUUGCAUCAUUCCAUGCAGACCAUUCUUAAAAUAUGUCAAAAUCCGACAUAUGCAAAUCUCCUUAUUGUUGAUUUGUCAAACUUAAGAUUGCAAGGACCUAUAGAAUGCCAACAUUUAAAAAAUAAUGUCACUCUUGAUUGCGAAAAAAUGGAGGAAAAGCUCAUGCACAGCUGGUUUCCAGAAAUCGUCAAAGUGUUCGUUGAUAAAGAUAUGUUGAAGCAUUUGAAGCCUGAUCAAUUCGACUCGUUCUACAAUAGCGUCUCUGUUCUUGUAUCAAAUCAGUUAAAGGAAAUUCUUAUUCGCUCCAUCAAAGCGUGGGUGAACUUAUUCGAAGAAAAUAAUGGACAUAAACUUCCAAGAUUUAAGCUAGAACUCAUUUUGGAUGACGAUGACAAUAUGCAGUUUUAUCCUGUUCUAAGUGACGUCCAGGCAGUAGCACAUCACGUGAUCGAUACAAUUGCUUACACCAUGCAAAAUGUCCCGACGGUGCAGUCAUGGCUCUCUGGUAGCAAUACAACAAUUCCGGUUGAGGCGAAGAUAGACGAAGCUGUUAUUGGAGAUUUCAAAAAGAUUUUGUCUGCGACAAUAGACGAAAAUCUUGAGGAACCUGUGAACUAUUUGUCUAGAUUUGAUUGCUACAAGAUGCUCGUUUCUGGAGAGGCGAAAAGUAGCAUUGAAAAGUUUCUCGAUGCUGAUCACACUUUUGAAGAUUACACAAAUGAGAUAGAAGUUUAUCGCAAUCUUGCGCGUCAAGUGUCUAUGUUACCAAAUAUUGUAUCUUUUGAUAUGGUGGAACUGAAUUGUGAUGACUUAAAACGAGGUUUGGCAUCGAAAUCUCACAGUUUUGCCGAACAACUGCUCAAGCGGCUUGCAACAAACCAUAGGAAUAAGAGUUUGAGCAUAUGCAAAGAGUUUGAAGAUAUCAAAGAGCGGGCUCUAAAGGUUCCUGAAGAUACGCAAGAAAUGACGGAUAUGAUGAAAUUUAUCAAAGAUGCCAAAACAUCAAAAUUGGUCAAACUUAACGAACAGAUUAAGGAAUCACAAAGCCAACUUUCUUACUUGUUGGAGUCAUAUUCUUUUACCGCCGAAGAUAUACAACUAAAUUGUACAGUUCUUAAUUGGCCAAAGGAAAUUGGACCUGUGUUUGAUAGAAAUGAUGAGAUUGUUGUAAAGUCUCAAAAAAGAGCAGAGAAUGCUUUGACCGAGAAACGUGAAAAAGUUAUGAUGGAGUUGGAAAAACUACAGAGGCGCGUUGAAGAAUUUGGUGAAUAUGGUGAUCUUGAGAUGAUGAUGCAAUAUGUGAAAGAUGUUCAGACAGUACAACGAAAAUUAAGUGACUGCUCUGAAUCCAUCAAUUUCAUCAAUCAGGAAGAAGAACUGUUCAAGUGGGAACAGACAACGUAUCCCCAGCUGGAAGUUAUCCAACAAAGUAUUGAUCCUUACUUGAAGUUAUUUACUACUGUUCUCAAAUGGCAAAGGGCUGAAAAAAAAUGGAUGGAUGGCGAUUUCAUGGAGCUGGAACCGGAACUUAUUGAAGCUGAGGCUGAGGAAUAUGGCCGUGAAAUGUACAAAAUCUCCAAACUCUUUGCAAGCAAGAAAAAAGAUGAAAAAGACAAGAAGUCUAGAAUUCUCGACUCAAAAGAUGAAGGAAGCAAGAGCGAAGAAAAAGCUGCAGUAAAUGUUGUGAAUACUAUUCGAAAUCAAAUUGACAACUUUAAGGAAAAUAUACCAGUCAUUUCGACUUUGUGCAAUCACGGCAUACGCCCUCGGCAUUGGAAGCAGAUGUCAGAAGUAAUUGGCUUUAAUAUAACUCCUGACUCAGGAAGCACUUUACGAAAGUUUCUCAAAUUUAACCUUGGUCCAUUUAUGGAACAGUUUCAGAGCAUUAGCGUGGCUGCUAGUAAGGAAUUCUCUUUGGAGAAGGCGAUGCAGAAAAUGGUUGAUGAUUGGGAUGUAAUUGUCUUUAAUACAACACAGUACAGAGAUACUGGAGUACACAUCCUUGCUGCAGUCGACGAGAUACAGACAACAUUGGAUGAUCAGAUCGUGAAGACACAAACAAUGAGAGGUUCACCAUUCAUCAAACCAUUUGAAACUGAGAUAAAGACAUGGGAAGAGCGAUUGUUGAAAAUGCAAGAAAUUAUCGAUGAAUGGCUAAAGGUUCAAGCGCAGUGGUUGUAUUUGGAACCGAUCUUUAGUUCUGAAGACAUCAUGCAACAGAUGCCUGAGGAAGGACGAAAGUUCCAAACCGUGGAUAGAAACUGGAAAGACAUUAUGAAAUAUGUUGUUAAGGAUCCGAAGGUUUUGGCAGCCACGUCAAUGCCAGGAAUGCUUGAUCGUCUUUCAGAUAGCAAUAAUUUGCUUGAAGAAAUUAAUAAAGGACUCAAUGCCUACUUGGAAAAAAAACGUUUGUUUUUCUCAAGAUUUUUUUUCCUUUCAAACGACGAAAUGCUUGAAAUACUGUCCGAGACCAAAGAUCCUUAUCGUGUUCAACCACAUUUGAAGAAAUGUUUUGAAGGAAUGGCAAAAUUGCAGUUCACAGAUAACCUAGAUAUUACACACAUGUUCAGUAGUGAAGGAGAGAAGGUACCAUUUAGCGAGACAAUUUCAACAUCUGAAGCACGAGGAGCUGUAGAAAAGUGGCUGUUGCAGGUUCAAGAUGUUAUGUUAAUAAGCAUCAGAGACAUCAUUAGAAAAUCAGUCGAGGCAUAUGCUAUUGAGGAAAGAAGACAUUGGGUAACAGAAUGGCCUGGACAGGUUGUUAUUUGUGUCAGUCAGAUAUAUUGGACGUCUGAAGUUCACGACGCGAUAAAAAGCGGUCAAAACGGCUUGAAAGAAUAUCAUCAAAAAUUGACCAAGCAGCUCGAAGAUAUCGUAAGUCUUGUUCGAGGUAAACUGUCGAAGCAAAAUAGAACGACAUUGGGAGCCUUGGUCACAAUCGAUGUGCACGCAAGGGAUGUCGUUGAAGAUAUGGUGGAGAAAGGUGUCUCGCGUGAAAAUGACUUUGAUUGGCUGUCUCAGCUUCGCUAUUACUGGGAAAAUGAUAAUUGCCUUGUGAAAAUUAUCAAUGCAACGGUCAACUACGGUUACGAAUACCUGGGAAAUUCUGGAAGAUUGGUCAUUACUCCGUUGACUGAUCGUUGCUAUCGUACGUUGGUUGGAGCAUUUCACUUAAAUCUUGGUGGAGCACCUGAAGGCCCCGCCGGCACUGGCAAGACGGAGACAACUAAAGAUCUUGCGAAAGCCUUAGCUAUUCAAUGUGUCGUCUUUAACUGUUCGGAUGGUUUGGACUAUCUUCAAAUGGGAAAGUUUUUCAAAGGUCUGGCAUCCUGUGGCGCUUGGGCUUGCUUUGACGAAUUCAAUCGUAUUGAACUUGAAGUACUUUCCGUUGUUGCCCAACAGAUUCUUUGCAUCCAACGUGCGAUAGCUGCACAUCAAGAUCGUUUCAUUUUCGAAGGCACCGAGUUGAACUUGAACUCCAACUGCUUUGUUGCUAUCACUAUGAAUCCUGGCUAUGCUGGAAGAUCUGAACUUCCAGACAAUUUAAAGGUUCUGUUUCGUACUGUGGCUAUGAUGGUGCCUGAUUAUGCCCUGAUUGGCGAGAUCAUGUUAUACUCUUAUGGUUUUGUUGAUGCAAGAAAUCUCUCUGUGAAGAUUGUCACAACUUAUAAAUUAUGUUCUGAACAGCUUUCGUCGCAAUUCCAUUAUGAUUAUGGUAUGCGCGCUGUGAAGGCUGUGCUUGCUGCUGCCGGUAACCUGAAGUUAAAAUUUCCCAAUGAAAACGAAAACGUGCUAUUGCUGCGGUCCAUAAUUGAUGUAAAUCUACCCAAGUUUUUGUCGCACGAUAUUCCAUUGUUUCAAGGAAUUAUAUCUGAUCUUUUUCCUGGAAUCGAUCUUCCUAAAGCUGACUAUGCCUUGUUUCUGGAAACAGUUGCUGAGGUAUGUAAAAAGACAAAUCUUCAGACCGUGCCCUUUUUUACGGAAAAACUUAUACAAACUUAUGAAAUGAUGGUAGUCCGUCACGGUUUCAUGAUGGUGGGAGAUCCCUUUGCAGGCAAAACAAAAGUAUUAAAUAUUUUGGCGGAGACAUUGACUCUUAUGACGGAAAGAGGUCAUGGCGAUGAAAAUAUCAACAAGGUGUGGACUCGUGUGAUUAAUCCGAAGUCAAUAACAAUGGGACAAUUGUUUGGCCAGUUUGAUCCAGUGUCACAUGAGUGGACGGAUGGCGUUGUAGCGAACACUUUCCGAGAAUAUGCCUCGGAUCAAACCGACAUUCGCAAGUGGGUGAUAUUUGACGGACCUAUUGAUACAUUGUGGAUCGAAAGUAUGAACACAGUACUUGAUGACAAUAAGAAGCUUUGUCUGAUGAGCGGCGAGAUCAUUCAACUAUCCAACGUCAUGAGCUUGAUUUUCGAAUGUCGAGAUCUAUCCCAGGCAUCGCCUGCGACUGUCAGCCGAUGUGGUAUGAUAUAUCUCGAGCCUUCAGCCUUAGGCUGGAAUCCGAUAUUGAAGUCGUGGCUUAACACCAUGCCUGAAUCAUAUGGCAAAGAUUUCAGGAUACUGGUGGAUGCAUUGUUUCAAUGGAUUGUUCCACCAUGUUUAACUUUCGUGAGAAAACAAUGCAAGGAGUAUCUUCCCACGUCAGACAGCAAUCUCGCAAAUUCAUUGAUGAAUCUUGUCGAAAUAUUGAUGAAAAUAGCCACUGAGAACGAAUUUGAUGUCAAGCAUUUGAAGUUAUGGCUUAUUAACUCAUUCAUGUUCUCACUUGUGUGGUCAAUUGGAGCAAGUGUGGAUACCGACAGUCGUCCGAAGUUUGAUUCGUUUUUGCGUGAACUUCUGGCAGGUAACAACAAGAACCACCCUGUUCCAGAUUCAAUUGGAAAGAUAGAUAACUCGUUUCCCAAUGAUGCCUUAGUCUACGAUUUUCUAUUUGAGGCUAAAGGACGUGGGAACUGGGUGCAUUGGAACAAGACAAUCAAGUCAAAUGAUCUAAAUGCCAAUGGGACGAAGAUUAGUGACAUCAUUGUUCCCACAAUGGACACAGCGCGUUAUAAGUUUCUAAUGGACAUUCUUAUCAGCCAUAAUAAACCUGUUAUAUUUGUUGGUCCAACAGGUACUGGAAAAAGUGUCUACAUAAAGGAUAAGCUGAUGAAUGAGCUUGACAGAGACCGUUUUAUUCCUGCAUUUUUGAACUUUUCUGCACAGACUAGUGCGGGGCAAACUCAGGAUAUAAUCAUGUCCAAACUUGACAAGAGAAGAAAAGGUGUUUUUGGACCUUCUCUUGGAAAGAAGUUCAUAAUUUUUGUGGACGACCUUAACAUGCCCGCGUUGGAGAUAUAUGGAGCACAGCCUCCUAUUGAACUUCUACGACAAUAUUUAGACCAUGGAAAUUGGUAUGACAAGAAAGACACGUCAAAAAUCAGUUUGAUUGACUUGCAGUUCAUAUGUGCUCUCGGUCCUCCUGGUGGAGGACGAAAUCCCAUCACUCCGCGAUUCGUUCGUCACUUCAAUAUUAUUUCUGUUGCGCAAUUUAACGACGACACAAUGACCAAAAUAUUCUCCAGCGUCGUAAGCUUUUACUUCAAGAAUAAUCAGUUUCCAAAUGAUAUUUAUGCAUUGGGUUCACAAAUUGUGUCUGGAACUAUGGAGAUUUAUAAAUCUGCGAUGACAAACUUGUUGCCUACGCCGACCAAAUCUCAUUACACAUUCAACUUGCGAGAUUUCUCACGCGUUAUUCUUGGAGUGCUGUUGAUCAGAAAGCAAUCGCUGGAUGAUCGAAAAACUGCUGUCAGGCUUUGGGCUCACGAAGUUUAUCGCGUGUUUUACGACCGUUUGGUCGAUGAUAAAGAUCGUGCGUGGCUGCAUAGCUCAUUGAAAAAGGCCACGAAAGAGCAUUUUAAAGAGGACUUUGAUGGCUUGUUCAAACAUCUUGGUGAUGGAAAGAACAUUACAGAGGAUGACGUUCGAAGUUUGAUGUUUUGUGACUUUUUGAAUCCGGAUUUGUUGGUUGAAGAACGCUUGUAUCAGGAGGUGAAAUCCAUGGAUGAUUUAUACCGGACUGUUGAAAAAUACUUGGAGGAAUACAAUCAACUGCAUAAAGCUCAAAUGAACCUCGUUAUAUUUAGAUAUGUUUUGGAGCACCUGGUUCGAAUAAGUCGCAUUCUCAAACAAGAUGGUGGAAAUGCUUUACUUGUGGGCGUAGGAGGGAGCGGUAGGCAGUCUCUGUCUCGCUUAGCAGCAGCUAUAUCCGAAUUUAUUGUGUUCCAACCAGAGAUAUCCAAAAGUUAUGGAAUGGCUGAAUGGAGGGAAGAUAUUAAGUCUUUGCUCAAGACAGUCGGGGGACAAAUGAAACCUACAGUUUUUCUAUUGACGGACACUCAAAUCAAGGAAGAGUCAUUUCUUGAAGAUAUCGACAGUUUGCUUAACACAGGCGAAGUUCCCAACUUAUUUGCUGUUGAUGAAAAGGCCGAACUUGUUGAGAUGGUGCGACCGAUUGCUCAAGCCCAGGCUUCUGACAAAAAUGCUGAAUUCUCUCCGUUGUCUCUGUUUAACUUCUUUGUCAGCUGCUGUCGUCAAAAACUUCAUAUUAUGCUUUGCAUGAGCCCAAUUGGCGACGCGUUUCGAAACAGACUGAGACAGUUUCCGUCUCUUAUAAACUGUUGUACCAUUGAUUGGUUUCAGCCGUGGCCGGAAGAUGCAUUGGCGAUGGUUGCCACGAAGUUUCUUGCUGACGUUAAUCUUACCGGUAAAGAAAGAACUGAAGUGAUACCCCUUGUAAAAUAUUUUCAUACAAGCGCUAGGAAUCUGUCCGAAAGUUAUCUCGAAGAACUUGGCCGCCAUAAUUAUGUUACACCUACAUCUUACUUGGAACUUAUUUCAUCAUUUAAAGGAUUGCUCAAUAAAAAGCAAGAUGAAGUCAUGAAAAUGAAGAGGCGUUACGAAGUGGGUCUUGAAAAACUGCUUUUUGCAUCUACUCAGGUAGCGGAUAUGCAGAUAGAACUUGAAGAACUGCAACCGCAACUUGUUCAAACUGCUGCUGAAAAUGAAAAGAUGUUAACCGUUAUUGAAAAGGAGUCAGCAGAAGUGGAAGCAGCGAGCAAGAUUGUUCGUGAAGAUGAGGCUGUUGCCAAUGCUCAAGCCGCUGAAGCUCAAGCUUUAAAGGAUGAAUGCGAGGGUGAACUGGCCGAAGCUUUGCCAGCUUUAGAAGCUGCCCUUGCUGCUCUCAACACUUUAAAGCCGUCAGAUAUAACAAUUGUAAAGUCGAUGAAAAAUCCUCCAGCUGGUGUGAAGCUUGUCAUGGCCGCAGUUUGCGUGAUGAAGGACGUCAAACCUGACAAGAUAAACGAUCCCUCGGGUACAGGAGGAAAGAUACUUGACUACUGGGGACCUUCAAAAAAGAUCUUGGGCGACAUGAAUUUCUUGACUCAGUUGAAAGAGUACGACAAAGAUAAUAUCCCCGUUCACGUUAUGUCUAAAAUCCGGAAGGAAUACACCAGUAAUCCGGAGUUUGAUGCGACAAAAGUUCGUUCAGCAUCCUCGGCCGCCGAGGGUCUUUGCAAGUGGGUUUGUGCAAUGGAAAUAUACGAUCGAGUUGCCAAGGUUGUCGCUCCAAAAAAAGCUAAGCUAGCCGAGGCUGAAGCGUCGCUGUCGGAGACGAUGGGAAUUUUGCAAUCGAAACGUCGCGAGCUGGCUGAGGUUGAGGAAAGAUUGGCUAACUUAAAAAAACAAUUUCAGGAGAUGACGGAAAAGAAAGAGCACCUUGAGUUUCAGGUUGAUCUUUGCUCAAAGAAACUCGAUCGUGCCCAGAAAUUGAUUGGCGGUCUUGGUGGUGAAAAAGACAGAUGGUCAUCAGCUGCAACAGAGUUGCAGCGCAUUUAUAAUAAUUUGACAGGCGAUGUUCUCAUAUCGUCUGGAGUUAUUGCUUACCUUGGAGCCUUUACUUCCCUCUUCAGGAAAAGAUGCACCGAUGAGUGGUCCAAUAUUUGUAAAGAAAAGGGAAUUUCCUGUUCCUCGGACUUUUCACUAAGUAAAACCUUAGGUGAACCAAUAAAGAUACGCGCGUGGAAUAUUGCAGGUUUACCUACAGACACAUUUUCCAUUGAUAAUGGUGUUAUUGUUGACAAUGCACGGCGAUGGCCUCUUAUGAUUGACCCUCAAGGUCAAGCAAAUAAAUGGGUGAAGAAUUCGGAAAAGGACAAACGUCUUUCUGUUAUUAAGCUGACUGACGCGGACUAUAUAAGAACCUUAGAAAACAGUAUUCAGUUUGGAACUCCUGUUCUAUUGGAAAAUGUCGGCGAAGAAUUGGAUCCUUCUUUGGAGCCACUACUGCUAAAACAGACUUUUAAACAAGGCGGAGUUAUGUGUAUUCGCCUUGGAGAAACAGUGAUCGAAUAUUCCAGUGAUUUCAGAUUCUACAUUACCACGAAGCUGCGAAAUCCUCAUUAUCUACCCGAGCUGUCCACCAAAGUGACACUUUUAAACUUUAUGAUUACUCGUGAAGGCUUGGAAGAUCAACUUCUUGGAAUCGUUGUUGCAAAAGAAAGACCAGAACUUGAAGAAGAGCGUCAGGGUCUUAUUUUACAAAGUGCAGCAAAUAAGAAGCAAUUGAAAGAAAUCGAAGAUAAAAUAUUGGAAACGUUAUCAUCUUCACAGGGAAAUAUUUUAGAAGAUGAAUCUGCCAUUCAGAUUCUCGAUUCUUCCAAGGUUCUUUCAAACGAGAUUUCCAAGAAGCAAAAGAUUGCCGACGAGACAGAAGAAAAAAUCAACCAAUCAAGACUGGGAUACCGUCCAAUUGCCUUUCACGCAUCGGUGUUAUUUUUUUCAAUAACAGAUCUUCCCAACAUAGAUCCAAUGUAUCAAUACUCGUUAAAUUGGUUCAUUAAUCUCUUUAUUAAUUCUAUAAUUGACAGCAACAAAUCAAAGAUCCUUGAACGACGACUGCGUUACCUCAAAGAUCACUUUACGUACAACUUGUACUGUAACGUAUGUCGGUCACUUUUUGAGAAGGACAAAUUGCUGUUUUCGUUCAUAUUAUGCACUAAUAUUUUGAUCUCGAAAAAUGAUCUCAAAUUGGAGGAGUUCUUAUUUUUCUUAACCGGUGGGAUUGGAUUGGAGAAUAAGGUGGCUAAUCCUGACCCUUCAUGGCUAUCUGAUAAAUCAUGGGACGAAAUCUGCAGAAUGUGUGACCUUGAUGGAUUCGAAGAUUUUAGGAACACGUUCGCAUCUAACAUUCAUGAAUGGCGAAAAAUCUACGACAGUAAGGAACCUCAUAAAGCGGCAUUUCCACCUCCAAGUUCGGAGAAACUAACCGACUUUCAAAAAAUGAUUGUUUUGCGUUGUCUUCGACCUGAUAAGGUCGUUCCUUUGGUUACAAAUUUCGUUGAGGACAAGUUGGGCAGUAAAUUUGUUCAACCACCACCAUUUGACUUGACAAAAAGUUAUAAAGAUUCCAACGAGUGUAUUCCUCUCAUAUUUGUUCUAUCUCCUGGCGCAGAUCCCAUGGCAAAUCUUUUGAAAUUUGCUGCUGAUAAAGGCUUUACUGGUAAUAAAUUCAAUGCGAUAUCACUUGGACAAGGACAGGGUCCGAUAGCUGCAAAAAUGAUUUCUGACGCUUGUCAAGAUGGAAGUUGGGUUGCCCUACAAAACUGUCAUCUUGCAGUAUCGUGGAUGUCAUCUCUAGAACGUAUCUGUGAGAACCUAACACCUGACGGCACUCAUAAUGACUUUAGACUUUGGUUAACCAGUUAUCCGUCAGAUAAGUUUCCAGUGACGGUGUUACAAAACAGCGUAAAGAUGACGAAUGAGCCACCAACUGGACUGCGACAGAAUUUACUUCAGUCCUACAUUUCCGAUCCUAUAUCUGACGAAAGUUUCUUUAAUGGAUGUUCUGGAAAACAAGGAGUAUUUGAAAAACUUCUAUUCGGACUUUGUUUUUUUCAUGCUCACAUUCAAGAAAGAAGAAAAUUUGGACCUUUGGGUUGGAACAUUUCUUAUGGCUUCAAUGAAUCCGAUUUGAGAAUAAGUGUUCGUCAACUUCAGAUGUUUAUCAACGAAUACGAACAAGUUCCUUACAAAGCUGUGACGUAUUUAACUGGAGAAUGUAACUAUGGUGGUCGAGUAACAGACGACAAUGACAGACGUUGUUUAAUGAGCAUUUUGGCCGAUUUCUUCACACCGGAAAUCGUCCAAGACAACAAGUACAAAUUUUCACAAAGCGGCAAAUAUUUCGCUCCACCAAAAGGAACUUACGAAAGUUACGUGGAAUUUAUCAAAGAGCUUCCUGCUAAUCAGACUCCAGAAAUAUUUGGAAUGCAUGACAAUGUUGAUAUAUCGAAAGAACUUCAAGAAACAAGACAGUUAUUCAACUCAGUUUUGUUGACUCAAUCACAACAAUCAUCUGGUGGAGGCGGAAAGAAAGGCGACGAUGCUCUCCUGGAAAUUGCAAAAGAUAUUUUAAGCAAGUUACCAAAGAACUUUGAUCUUGAGGCAGCGUUGUUGAAAUAUCCUGUUAAAUACGAAGAAAGCAUGAACACCGUUUUAGUGCAAGAAAUGGAACGAUUCAACAAUCUCAUUCAAGUUAUUCGUACAAGUCUCACAAACCUUCAAAAAGCUAUCAAAGGUUUAGUGGUCAUGUCCGCUGCUUUAGAAGAACUUUCAUCAAGUCUUCUUGUGGGCAAGGUUCCUGCUAUGUGGAUGAAAAGAUCAUAUCCUAGUUUAAAACCGUUGGGAGGCUAUGUUACGGACCUGCUGAAUCGUUUGAAAUUUUUACAGGAAUGGUAUGACAAUGGAAAGCCUGCUGUCUUUUGGAUAUCUGGAUUUUACUUCACACAGGCAUUCUUAACUGGAGCGAAGCAAAAUUACGCGCGGAAAUACACCAUUCCUAUUGACUUGCUUGGAUUCGACUUCAAGGUCAUCUCAGAAGAAAAUGUGGUUAAGCCACCAGAUGAUGGAGUUUACGUCAAUGGUCUAUUUUUGGAAGGUGCUCGAUGGGAUCGCAAAAGAGGUGUCAUUGGAGAGUCUCUGCCAAAAAUACUUCACGACUCUAUGCCAAUAAUAUGGGUAAAACCAGGUAAAACAGCGGAAAUAAUCUUCAGUCAGACGUACAGAUGUCCAGUAUAUAAAACAAGUGAAAGACGUGGUACAUUAUCCACUACUGGACAUUCCACCAACUAUGUCAUGCCUGUGUGUUUACCUACUGAUAAACAUGAAAGUCAUUGGAUUAAACGCGGUGUUGCCUUACUUUGUCAGCUGGACGAUUGAAGUUUUGAAGCGCGUUCAUUUCGAAAUUUUAUUUGUAUAAUUAUAUUUAUAUAUUGAUAUUUGUGUGACGUUAGUUUACACGUCUACUUGUUCAAUAUCCUAACAAAACUGUCCACUUCAUACUUUGUAAAGGAUGUUUUUAUUUGCAAUUAGCUGUAUUGAGAAAGUCUGUUUUUAUUUGAAAAAUAUGACCUCGUAAAUAUUA